AUAUCUUGCCUUAGCUUUGACGUCACAAUUAACGUCAUAAACCGGGUCGCACUAAAACUCCGCCAUGAAAACAAGAAAGAAAAGACCAUUUGACUUUUGGAAAGGUGUUUUAAAGUUGUCGGAUGUUAGAAAAGAUUUCAAGGAUUUCAAAUAGUAAUUAUAAACAAUGGUCAUGGCGGAUAGACCAACGAAGACCCCAGUUCGGGUGGGAUUUUACGAUAUCGAAAGAACAAUCGGGAAAGGAAACUUUGCAGUUGUGAAAUUAGGAAGGCAUAGGAUUACCAAAACCGAGGUUGCCAUAAAGAUUAUAGACAAGACACAUCUAGAUGAGAACAAUCUGAAGAAGAUUUACAGGGAAGUGAACAUCAUGAAGUUGCUGAGCCACCCUAACAUUGUAAAACUCUACCAGGUGAUGGAAACCAAGAACAUGCUGUACCUUGUGUCAGAAUAUGCACCUAAUGGGGAAAUAUUCGAUUACAUACGUACACAUGGACGAAUGACAGAACCCGAAGCCAGGAAGAAGUUUUGGCAGAUCUUGUUAGCUGUGGAGUACUGUCACACCCAUCAUGUUGUUCAUAGAGACCUGAAGGCAGAGAAUCUGCUUCUAGAUUCCAACAUGAACAUUAAAAUAGCUGACUUUGGGUUUGGAAACUUCUUCAAGACAAACGAGCACCUAGCUACCUUCUGUGGCAGUCCCCCCUAUGCAGCUCCAGAAGUGUUUGAAGGCAAAAAGUAUCUUGGACCUCAAAUUGACAUCUGGAGCUUGGGCGUGGUGCUGUAUGUCUUAGUAUGUGGUGCCCUGCCUUUUGAUGGGACAAACCUUCAGAUGCUGAGAGACCGAGUGCUACAGGGCAGAUUUAGAAUACCUUUCUUUAUGUCAGAAGCAUGUGAAAAGUUAAUAAGAAAGAUGUUGGUAUUGGACCCUUCCAAAAGGUACACCAUCAACAUGAUCAAAAAACACCCUUGGAUGCAGCAGGAUGGUGGUGCCCCAAAACAGGCCCCACCCAGCCCUGUGAUUGGUCAAAAUGCCAAAAUGGGAGAAUAUAAUGAACAGAUACUUCGGCUCAUGCAAGGAAUGAAGAUUGAUCGAAAUAAAACAGUAGAGGCCCUAAAAAAGGAUGCAUAUGAUCACUACACAGCUAUAUACUAUCUUCUAGUGGAAAGAUUACGACAACAUCGCAGCAGUUUUCCUCCCGAGAAUAGGAUCGAUAUUCGUAAAAGACGCCCAAGUACUAUCGCCGAUCAGGCAAUGAUGCACAUGAACUCUAGUCAAGCAACCCCAGUUCAGGGGCAGCAGCAACGCACAGCAUUAGUUAACAUUAAACAAGGCAAUUCAAUGUUCAGCCAUACAACAGACUGUGUGACAAGUACCAGUGCUAAUUCUAGUAAUCUAUAUCAGUUUUUUAACGACAGUGACGUUCAGGUGCCUACUGGUGUUACAGGGUGCCUCACUGAUGUUGUACCCAGCCCCUGUGUUAAACCCCCUGUAACCUCAAAUAACCUUCACAUGAUUACAACCUCCAUUGACGAGGGUGUGGAAGCGGACAUGACUGACUCUGAGAGUGACUGUAGUAGUACUUGUGGUAAAAAUAAUGUUCAAUUCGUCAGGGACGGUUACGGCAUAGGAUUGAUUCCUAGUUGUGCUUUUGGUGACAUUUCUCAGUUGAAUAAGAACACAAAUAAUAGUUCUUCUUCUAUAAACACUGCCUCCCCUUUUACCAGUUUUGAUUCUAGCCUAGAGCCGGACUUUUCCUCUUGUGUUUUAACAUCCUCACAACUUAAUUUCUCCGGUGUCGACAGUCCAUCAUUUUCGUCCAUAUCCAAUACAUUUACAUCAUCAGCAGGUGCUAAUUACUCCAUGGGACAAGCAAACCCAGAAUCAGAAAGUGAAGAAGACCCUGCCAGGGAUCGGAGUCAGACGAGAUCACCAGUGAAUUUCAGGGAGGGACGCAGAGCGUCAGAUGGUUUGGUCACUCAAGGCGUCAUUGCCUUCCGUCAGAGGUUAAAAGACUUUCCGGGUAUGACCGAAUUACGCAAGGAGCAUGUCACUUUGCAACAAAUGUUUUCACCCAAUAUGACUCCCGAACAAGUUCAACUUUCUCAACAGCAACAUGCGGCAUACAUGGAAUCAAGUGGGCGUCAGUGGCCAACCGAUGAGCAAAAUCAAAAACCUAGACCUCGACCAUUUUUAAAACGGAUGAGUUUACCAUCAGAAAACUUUGACAUUCAGCCUCAUAAACUGUUAGCUCUGAAACAAAGCAUGCAGGUGGAAAGGGCAAUGGAUCGUGUAUCUAGUCAUGAGGAGGUUGCCAUUGAUCCAAAUUCUUUUGAAUACAUCAAUAAACCACUGCAACAAGCACUACUUCAAAGGAAUCUUCAGCAGAAGAGACAGAGUUGGCAACAGAAACACUGUCCUCUUAACCAACAGUUUCAGAAGCUUCAGAUUGAUCAAACUUCAUAUCAGCCCUACCCUAGUCCAAAUAUUCAAAUGCUGCCUGAUCAGAACUGUCAGACCGUGUUUGGAAAUCAUUUUGGCAUGGGUGCCAACUUAGGAAACCAACAACGAAUCAAUGGUCAAGGUGAUGAGAUUAAUCCCAUGGGUGGCCGGCCACCCGUGAUACGAAAAGUCUCUUAUAAGUUAGCACAGCAACAGCCAGUGAUGCCACCUUAUCUAGAAGAGGGAAACAAGAAUCUACCUUAUGACAUUGGCCAACUCUCAAACAACCAGCAUCUAAUCAACUUUACCGGGGCACCUGUCACCUUUACUCAGGUGACGACACAAUCGGAAACCCCAGUCCAGACCACUCCAGGCAGGAAGAAUGCUUUUAUCCCACGAGGAAUGGAUUUGUUGAUUCUACAACAGCAAAUUGCAAUUCAACAGCUGCAGCAGAAACAAAAACAGAUGAGAAACAUGCCAGAAAUGAACGAAUUGGACCAGGAAAAUGAACUUUGUGAGUUGACACCAACCACGGAAGCUCAGACCGGGUGCUUCCAAGAGAGCGAUGAGAACGAGUCUGCUCCAUCAACGGACACACAGAACUGUGAUUACCACGAGAACUAUGUGAAUAACCAAACAGUGGUGCAGCCCGAGAAACUGUGUCCUGCCGUAGCAGAGGAAGAAAUGGACUUCUUUUGAUGGAGGCACCUUCUGUAGACCCUUUGUGAUUCUCAGAUUCUCUUUGUUACAGUAGAUCUGUUUACGUUUUCGCUUUUUGUUCUGUUUAUAACAUGGGUUUUGUUCUGAAAUAUGAGUAAUUUUGUUUCUGUUUCGUUUGAUAUAAUUUUGGGCUUUACAUAUUGAAUUAUUUAAUAACACGGCUUAUGAUCUUACUUUUCCGCUGAAAAUAAUUUUAUUUUCAUUUUAGGUCAAUUACCAUACAUAUACAUAGUUGAAAUCUGAUGUUAUUGUAACAAGUUGAAUUAUUGAUGUUGUAGGGUUGUUAACUUUUUCCUCAGCAAAUAUGUAUGUCUGUAUUGGCCCUGAGACAAGGCAUUGCAAAAGUGUUAUUGAAAGUUGUUAUCAGUUCAAUAAUCUUUUUGUUUUCAUGCACGCAUGUUACAAUGUGCUGAUUGAUUGAAAAGUUAUGUCUUUCAGGCAAAGGAAGUUUGUUUCUGUUUUGCAUUUGCACUUGUAUAUAUGUGUUUUAGUCAUGUCUUUCACUAAAAAGUGACCAUUUUAAGUUGUUUUACUAUAUUUAAUGAGUUUUUCUCUAUGCAUCACAAUUUCCCCAUAUUAUGAGAGUGUUGGAGAAACCAUUGUGUUAUGAAACCAGGCCGAGAUUUUGUGAUUUGAGUAUGUUGCAGUCUAAAGAGUAAUCAUAGUUAUUUUUCUUUUUGUAUUUUAUCCGUACUGGCUAAAAAAAAACUUUUAUUGGUAAGGGAUCAAAUGUUUACCACUUUUGGUCGACUUUUUUAAAGAAAAAAAUAUAUCAAAAAAUUAUGAUAAAAAAAAAAAAUUCUUGAAAAUUCUUUUUCAACCCCUUCAUCAAUAGGGAGUAAAAUUAAAUCUUCACAGUCUUACCUUGGAAUGCAUAAUAUAUGUACUGAUUCUAAAUUGUCAUUAGAUCUUGAACCUAGUUUUAUUUUUUUUUUAAUGGGGUUCUUUUAUUUGAAUUUAUGUAAACGAUGAAGCUGCUAACGUGAUAUUGAUUAUGGGUGCAAUUUAUAAUGACAUAAUCCCAGGUAUUUUUUUCAAGCAGUUGUUCAAUGACAACAGAGGUUUAUUUUUCUUUUUUGAAGAAUUUCGCAUUUUUUUCGGUAAGAAAAUUUUUACAUAGAAACACUAGCUUUAUUAUUUUAUUGUGAUUGAGUUCAAAUUCUCUCUCAUUGGAGAUCGAGUGUUGUAUUUAAACAGACUGUCAUUUUAUAAACUGCGUGCAGCUGUCUUGGUUUAUAUAGAGUUUCAGAUGAACCAGUGUUCUUCAUAAAUAACUUUACUUUAAAAAAAAAAAAUAACUUGAGGAACUUCUAACAAUUGAAAAGGAAUCUAGAUAUUUAAAUUGUGCUUUCAACAGUUUUUAGCUAUGAUGAAUUUUUACACCGAGCCCUAUGUUGGUGGAGGGGGGGGGGUAUUUGUUCUACUGACACAUUUUGAUUAUAAAUCAUACAAAAUACACAAAAAAUAACUCAAUGAUUUGUACAUAAAUCAAAGAAUGAACUUGCCAAAUGGGGGAAUUUUUCUGAUGUGGUAAAUGUAUAUGUGUAUAUAUAUUUUCUGAUCAUUUUGUUAGUGAUAAGUUGUACAGAGAGAGAGAGAGAGAGAGAGAGAGAGGUAUAAAUGAGCAAUGUUUUACUCUGGCUGUUUGAAAGCAGUGCUAUGUGUUGUGGUGCUAAGUAGAUUGUUCAAAUGUCAUUACACACCUCAUUCUCAUUUUACAUCUGGACAGUCCACUUUUUUUCUAACAAUAGCGUAUCAAGCGAUUUAUGUAUUUUUCAUUAUUGAUAAAUAUUUGAUGUGUGCAGCAAGCCUUAGGAUGUUGUGCACAAGUUUAAAAAUAAACGACCUUUUUAUGUCAUAUCAACACAAAAUGGGCAUAUUAUAGCAGACAUCUGUACUUUUGGUUUGUUAAAUAUCAGUUGUAAAUUUAUGAAAAAGGUAUUCUUAGGGAACAAAAAGAUUUGGGAGAUUUUUUAUUGAUAUUUGAUUUUAUAAUUAUUGGAGUAAAUGAAACCCAGACAAUAAAAUUUGGUAUGGAUGAAAACUUCUAAACAAAAUGGAGAGAAUUCUAAAAGUAAAUGGAGUGAGUUCUUAAAAAGAAAUUGGAAAGAGAUUAAAUGUUUCUUGUAUUCUAAAUCGUAAUUGAUAAAAAUUAUCAAUCUUUGUCUUCUUCUGAAGCUCUCAACUUCUUGUGUUAUGAAGUAGAGGCUUCUUCAAUGUUUUGGUCUUCGACUGUUUCCAGACAUAACAUUUUUUAAUAUUGAUGGUAAUAUCAAUAUUGAUGGACACUUUAGGAGAGACCCAAACGAUCUUGAUGCUUUGUAAACAGCAUGUUUUGCUCGAUGAUUAUUAGUAUGAUGCAUUUUACCCUAUACAUAUGGUCGCCCAAAGGGCACAAACACUGUUAGUUAUUUCAUGAACUUGUUAUUGUAUGUAUGUAUAGAUAACUUUAUCAGAGUCAAUAAACUGUUAUCAAUAAUUUAAACA